AUGCCUUCGCCAAGGCAACUGCGCACCCUCCUGAUCGGUGUCAUGAUCGGAGUGGUCUUCGUCCUCUUCUACACGUCAUCACUCCGAUCCGGCGAGGCCAGCGACUCGCGCUCCGUUCAAGACUUCUACCACAAGACCGUCGAGGGUCUUAACAAGAAACCUCCACCAGGUCAGGCAGUGCUUGACCAGAACAAGGGCAAGGCCGCCGGCCAUGUGCCCACCGACAAGGACGCCGACGGCGAUAUCGACGAGGACGAUGCGAAGUUGGCCAAGGAUAUGCAGGGGAGGUUGAAGGCUGCCGAGGACAAGGCCAAGGAGUCUGCGAACAAGAAAGCGCCGCUGAAGCCUGACGCACCGAGCGAAGUCGUCGGAAAGGGCAACUCGGCCGCGGGACAGGACAAGAAGAAGGAGAAGACGGGCACCGCAAAGGACGUCUCAGCGGAGAGCCCGAAGGAGGAGAAGAAGGAGAAGGAGGAGACCGCCGAGGAGCAUGCUGUCGAGGUGGAGCUCAACUCGAUCCUGAAAAAGUCGCCGGUCAUCAUUUUCUCCAAGACGUACUGUCCUUUCUCGAAGAAGGCAAAGGAGAUUCUGCUCAACAAGUACUCAAUCUCCCCCGCCCCUUACGUCGUCGAGCUCGACAAGCACAAACUCGGACCCGAAUUGCAAGCUUUCCUGGGCGAGAAGACCGGCCGCAGAACCGUUCCCAACAUCUUGGUCAAUAGUGUGAGCAUUGGUGGAGGCGACGACAUUGUCGAGCUAGACAACCAGAACAAGCUGUUGCCCAGGAUUGUCGAUCUUGGACAAAAGAAGGUUGAAAUGAAGCUGCAGACCGCCGACGGGUUGAAAAAGGAGAAAAAGAACUAG